UGGGGAGGAGGCGCGUAUUCGCGAGGCCUCCCUUUCCGACGCCUCUGAUCGAGCGGGCGUGGAAAAGAAAACCCCAAGUGCCGGGAGCCUCCGCGCCCCUCAGCUCAGUUGCUAAACUGGAUCUCUUCACUCCUCCCCGACCUUAGUCUAAAUCUCCUCGCCUCGCUUUCCCGGGUUUGCCUUCACGCGCGUCUUGAAGGCUGCCGGGGGGACCCUUUGCGCUUGUACCGCUGGAGGCUCGGCGGCCGCUGCGGAAGCGAAGGCGGGAAGGCGGCGCAGACGCUCCGAGACGCGCCGCAGACCUCUCUGAGCGGUUUACAGAGUCGACCUAUGGCCCCCAACAAUCUGGGUCCUCGUUUUACUGAUCUUGGAAGGCUGUGUCAACUUUGAGCUGGUCAGGAUCGAACUCUUGGCAGUGGGCAGAGUUAGCCUGCAAUACUGUAUUCUAAUCAUUGUGCCACCACGGCUUCUUGACUUAGGACCACAUUUGGAAUUAGAAUUUAUAUUACUAACAAGAUGGUUAAUUAAAGUCCAUGGCCUCUGAAGAUCUUGCAGGCCAGUUACCAAAUCUGUACGUCCGACAGAACUCCUCAAAUGCAGUUUCUCUAGAAUUUGACCCUGAUGUCAACUAUCAGUUUGUGGAAAUCUUAGAUGAACGAUACAAAUGUACACGCUGUCACCUAGUCCUCCAUAAUCCACACCAGACAGGAUGUGGACAUAGAUUUUGCCAGCAUUACAUUGUUUCUUUGAGAGAUUUAAAUACAGUACCUACAUGUCCUAUAGACAAUGAAAUAAUAAAACUUCAAGAGGUUUUCAAAGAUAAUUGCUGCAAAAGAGAAGUACUCAAUUUGCAAGUAUUUUGUAAAAAUUCACCAGCCUGCACUGCAAAGUUAUGUCUAGGGCGAUACCAGGAUCACCUGCAACAGUGUUUGUUUGAAACUGUGCAGUGUACUAAUGAAGGCUGUCAUGAAAAAAUCAUUUUGAAGGAUUUAAAAGAACACCUUAUUCAGCAAUGUAACUUUAGAAAAGAACAGUGCCAGUACUGUAAACAGCCUAUUAUAUCAGUUAAUUUAAAGACCCAUGAAAAAGUAGAUUGCCCAGAUUAUCCCUGGAUUUGUCCCUAUGGCUGCAUGCAGAUGGUUCUGAUGAAAGAGGCAGAAUAUCAUGUUUUGGUAUGUCCUGAAAUGGAAAUUGAUUGUCCAUAUAAAACGUGUGGCUGUCCUAAAAAGAUUAAAAGAAGCAAGUUUUUAGAACACGAGGAUAUCUUCUUGAGAGAACAUAUGCUACACAUUGUAGAUAAGAACUCAAAGCUGGAAGAUCAGAUUGCUGACCUUUAUAAGAGCCUUAAAUAUAAAGAGAAAAAAAUCUUGCAACUGUCAGAUAUGAUUAAAAAUUGUGAGAGAGAAUUCAGACAAUUAUCUCACCUAUUUUGCAAAAACAGCAACCUGCUGGCAAGCACUCAGACUUUGGCCAUUCACAUUGAUAAAAAUACCUUUUUGGAAACACAAGUAAGACAGCUGAUACAAAAGACAAAUCAACAGCAAAGCAAACUGGACCUGAGAACGCUACUAGACACCAUCGAUAACCUAAAGCAGAAAGUUGCUCUUCUUGAAUCAUAUGAUCAACGUCUAGUUGUUUUAGAAGACUUGGCUACCCAACAAGACGCUGUCUUCAGAAUGCACAAAACACAACUUAACAAAAACGAAGAACGGUUCAAGAUUUUGGAAGGAGCAAGUUACAAUGGAAAAUUGAUCUGGAAAAUUACAGACUAUAAAAUUAAGAAGAAAGAAGCUAUAGAAGGGCACAGCCUCUCCUUAUUUAGUCAGCCUUUUUAUACCAGCCACUGUGGAUAUAGAAUGUCUGCCAGAGUAUAUUUAAACGGAGAUGGCUCAGGGCGGGGAACUCAUGUUUCGUUGUAUUUUGUAGUGAUGAGAGGAGAAUUUGAUUCAUUAUUAUCAUGGCCUUUCAAGCAAAAGGUUACACUUAUGCUUUUGGACCAAAGUGGAAAGAAAAAACAUAUAUGUGAAACUUUCAAAGCUGAUCCUAACAGCAGCAGCUUCAAAAGGCCAGAAGGAGAAAUGAAUGUGGCUUCUGGGUGUCCUCGGUUUGUUGCACACUCUGUGUUGGAAAAUGCAAAAAAUACCUACAUCAAAGAUGAUACACUCUUUCUGAAAGUAAUGGUAGAUUUGACUGAUCUUGAGGAAUUAUGAGAAUACCCAUUAUAAAACAUUAGAGUGAACACUUUUUAUGCUCUCUGGAUUUUUUCAAACCUGUGAAAGCUGCUCUGUGGUCUACCAAGCUGUUUUUUGUACAGUUUUGAAAGACUGUUGUAUUUUUGUACAUUUAAAAUGUUGUCUUAAUAAAACAUGUUAAUGGUUCAGUGAA